CACAACAGAUCAUGUCGUUUCUUUCCCCAUGCCCAAAAGAAUCCUCGACAUCGAAUUUGAAGAUUUUUCAUGUUUACAAACAGAAUCAAACUUUUAGGUUGAUACGAUGUCGGUUUACAUGCGAAGGGAAUUUGCAAAAAUGGUAAUUAAAUUUUUACGAAGUGGGAACAAAGAGGUGACACAAUCAGGGAGGACAGAAGCACUAGAAGAUAUAUUAACUUCAAAUAUCAGAUACAGACUUGUGACAAAGAAAACCCGACUCCAAGACCCACAGUUUUACAUCAGUGUAUCCGAUGUGAAGGAAACUGUUCCAGGACUUGACCAGAAACUGUUUACAGACAACCAAGCUAUUUCACAGGAACUACAUCCUUUACCUAUAGACAAAGCUGAUGAAACAAAUGGAAGAAUUAACUUCUUUAUAAAACCUUGUUAUUUAUGUAAUAUUAUAUUAAAGAAAGUUUUAUCAGAAGGAGAUACUUAUGGUUAUCAUGGAAUCAUUAAAGAAAAACAGACUAUUCUGGUUGAGUACAGUUCUCCAAAUAUUGCAAAACCAUUCCAUGCAGGUCAUCUGAGAUCAGCUAUUAUAGGGAACUUUAUAUCUAAUCUGUAUGAGGCUGUAGGACACAAAGUGAUCAGAAUUAACUACCUAGGUGAUUGGGGUACCCAGUAUGGUUUAUUAGCUCAAGGUUUUAAUAAAUAUGGAAAUAAAGAAUUCUUAAAUAAAGAUCCUAUGAAGCAUCUAUAUAUGGUUUAUGUAAAAAUAAAUGAAGACGUUGCCAGGGAACAAGAAAAUAGAGGACCUGACAAAAACGAGAAAGGAGAAACACACAGAAAAAGUCUAGAAAUAUUUAGAAACAUGGAACAGGGGACAGCACCAGAGGAUUUGCAAUUAUGGAAACAUUUUAGAGACAUAAGUAUAGAAAAAUAUAGAGAAGUUUAUCAGAGGUUAAAUAUAAAGUUUACAGAUUAUGAAGGAGAGUCUAUGUACUCUAAAAAGUCCUUAGAACUGAUAGAGGAGCUAAAACAAAGAGAUUUAUUACAUAUUGAUGACAUAACAGGAAAAGGUUAUAUAGAUAUUGAAGAUGAAAAAGAUAAUAUAAAAGCUGUCGUACAGAAAAGUGAUGGAUCAACUCUCUACCUUACAAGAGAUAUUGCAGCUGUACUAGACAGACAUAAAAGAUACAACUUUGACAGAACACAUUAUGUGGUGGAAGAUGGACAAGAUUUACACUUCAAAAUGUUAAAAGGAAUAUUACAGAAAUUAAAUGUGCCUUGGUUACAAAGAUAUGGUGACCAGAUUCACAUAAGGUUUGGAAGAAUAUCUAAUCUCAGUACAAGAAAAGGAAAAGCUGUAUUUCUAGACGAUAUUUUAAAUGAGGCAAAAGAAAGAAUAAUAAAAACAAUUCAUAGUAAACAAACCUCAAAAGAAGUAGAUAGUACAGAAACUGUAGCAGAUGUACUUGGUGUUAGCUCUAUUAUAAUACAGGAUUUAAAAGAAAAACGACUGAAUACUUAUAAAUUUAGUUGGGAUAAAGUUUUAAGUUUUAAAGGAGAUUCAGGAAUUGUGUUACAGUAUGCCCAUGCUAGAUUAUGUAGCUUGAUAGAACAGUGUGGGUAUGAUAUACAAAGUACAGACUUCGACACUAAAUAUUUAACAGAACCAGAAGCUAUACAACUUAUAUUACAUAUAGCUAGUUAUGAGGACACAGUGGAUAAGUGUUUGACCAGCCUAGAAGCAUGCCAUCUUGUCCACUAUUUAUUCUCUUUAAGCAAAUUUAUAAGUGUUGCUCAUCGUAAUUUAAAAGUAAAAGACCAACCUCAAGAAAUAGCUCGGGCGCGUCUUCAAGUUUUCAAGUGUGCUAAAACAACUCUUGCCAAUGGUAUGACACUUCUAGGAAUAACACCUUUAGACAAAAUGUGAUAAUGUUUUAAUAAAAAAUAGAACAUACUA